UGAGACCUCUGGAAAACUGCUUUUGGAUAUGAUUAAGUAAGCCGUCUGUUUUUGGAACGGAUGUUUUAAAAUAAAACCUUUUUUUUUUUAAAUUAUAUGUGAGGCAUUUGAAAAGAGGAGUUACUUGGGACUGUGUGUUAAACUGACGAUUUGUCUGCUGGUUGCUUGCCGUUGGAAGAGAAGCGGAAUGGGGAUAACUAAUAAUAACCAGUCGUAGUGAAGGACAUACGCUGUUUUUCUUUCAGGGUUUAUAAAAUUAGAAGAAAACAACUGAUCUUAUUGCAACGAAAACGGGACGAAACAGGCAGAGCAGAUUUAAAGAAAACGAAAAAAAAAGACUUGAUUGUAUCGAUGUUGUGUUUUCCAGAUCUCGUGAGGGUGUGUCUGUUUCUCCCCACCCCAUAAUCUCGCACCACCAUGAGCUGGAGCUUCCUGACACGGCUGCUUGAGGAGAUCCACAACCACUCCACUUUCGUGGGGAAGCUGUGGCUGACCGUGCUCAUCGUGUUCCGCAUCGUGCUGACGGUCGUGGGUGGCGAGUCCAUCUACUACGACGAGCAGAGCAAGUUCGUGUGCAACACGGGCCAGCCGGGCUGCGAGAACGUCUGCUACGAUGCCUUCGCCCCGCUCUCCCACGUGCGCUUCUGGGUUUUCCAGAUCAUUCUGGUGGCCACACCCUCCGUCAUGUACCUGGGCUACGCCGUGCACAAGAUCGCCCGCAGCGAGGAGGGGCACGCCUGCCGGCGGGGGGGCUUCGACUGUGACAGGAAGCAGCGACGCAAGCUGUUCGGGGGCGGCAGGAAGCAGCACCGCGGCAUCGAGGAGACCGAAGAGGACAAUGAGGAGGAGGACCCCAUGAUCUACGAGGAGCCCGAGCUGGAGGGCCGCAGUGAGGGGAACAGCAUGGGCGCCGCGGGACCAGCCAGGGCCAAGACUGGGAAGGCAGGCCGGCAUGACGGGCGCCGGCGCAUCAAAGAGGACGGGCUGAUGAAGAUCUACGUGAUGCAGCUGCUGGCACGCACCACCCUGGAGCUGGGCUUCCUCGGGGGGCAGUACGCCCUGUACGGCUUUGAAGUGUCCCCCGCCUACGUGUGCGAGCGCAGCCCCUGCCCCCACAAGGUGGACUGCUUCAUCUCGCGCCCCACCGAGAAGACCAUCUUCCUGCUCAUCAUGUACGCCGUCACCCUGCUCUGCCUAGUCAUCAACCUGUGGGAGAUGCUGCACCUGGGCUUGGGCACCAUCCAUGAUAUCCUGCGCAGCAAACACCAGCCCUCCGAGGAGGGGUACCACCUCCCCCAGUCUCCUGGGGCCCCCACCAGCGCCCCCUACUCCUACCCCUUCACCUGGAAUGCCCCCUCUGCACCUCCCGGCUACAACAUCGUGGUGAAACCGGAGCAGAUCCCAUACACAGACCUCAGCAACGCCAAGAUGGCCUGUAAGCAGAACAAAGCCAACAUCGCGCAGGAGGAGCAGCAGCAGUACGGCAGCAACGAGGACAACUUCCCCAGCGCCGCCCCGAUUGCAGAGCAGAGAGAGAUCCACGCCGUUCAGCACAGGCUGGAGGCUGCCAUCCAGACCUACAACCAGCAGCACGACAGCCCACACCAGGAGCACCGGAACAUCACCAGCGCAGCCAAGGACAAGAAGAAGCAGCGCAAGCCCGGCUGCAGCAGGGGGGGGGCGGGCGGAGCCAGCAGCAGCAGUACCAGCAGCAGCAGGUCUCUGGAGGGAAAAUCCUCUGUUUGGAUUUAGAGGCAGCGAGCAAGCAGACUUGCUUUCAUUUUUCUUUUUUUGCAGACACCGAUCUCUCCAUUAUUAGGAGUGGGGAUUGGUUAAAGAUAAUUGGAGAGGAGAAUAAAAAAGAGCUCUGGUUAGCAUUGCAAUAAUGAGAAAUCAGCUGAGCUCCAGUAGUUAUUGGAUGCUAGCGUGUGUAAUCUCUGAAUCUCUCUGGAGUUCUGCCCAGGGUGCCGUGGUCUCUAUCUCUCGACAGGGGCCGUGUUUCAGGGAGCAGGACAGCGGAGCUACAGGUUUGGAGACCCAGACUCUGUUUGCAUUGCAAAGACGCAACAUAGAGUCACUGCUCUUGGACUGUUAUAAAGACUCCUUACAGAGUCCCUGCUCCUGGACUGUUAGAGUUAAUUUGUUGGUUUAUUUGUUAAGUCAGCUCUAUGACUUAUGAGUUAGCAAGGUUUUUUUUUCCUUU